AUGGAUUCUAUAAAGAUCGCAAAAGUUGAAAAUGUUAAACUUGAUAAAGGUCAAACAAAUGUGGUUGGCACACUUCAUUUAACCACUUAUCAAUUGAUCUUUGAAUUUCCUGAAAAUGUUGAAGAACUCUUGUUUAUUGUUUAUCCAAUAAUUCACACAGUUGAAUGUAGACCUCCUACAAAUUCAGAGCCUAAACUUUGGCCUCUGAUCAUUCGAUGUCGUAAUUUUGUAUUUUUUACAUUAUAUUUGACAUUUGAGCAAGAUGCAAUCGAUGUUUUUGACACUAUACAAAAAUUAACAUGUAUCAAAGGCUCUAUUAGUCAAGUAUAUGCGUUUGAUUAUAAACCUGAAAAAGAAUUUAUUUGUAAUGAUGGGUGGAGUUUAUACGAUCCUUCAAAAGAAUUUGCUAGAAUGGGAUUGACUCGUUCAUGGAGAUUUUCUCACAUUAAUAAAAAAUAUGACUUUUGUCCAACAUAUCCACAUUUAUUAGUAUUCCCAUCUAAAAUUAGUGAUACUGUUUUAGGAUAUGCUACAAGAUUUCGUAGUAAAUCACGUGUACCAACUUUAAGUUAUCUACAUUGGUCAAAUAAGGCCUCGAUAACUAGAUCAAGUCAACCGAUGGUUGGGCUUAAACAAAAUAGAUCCAUACAAGAUGAAAAGCUUAUUGAAGCCAUAUUUCAAUCAAACUUACCAACUUCAAGUAAUGGAAGACAAAUUUAUGGCUCAACAUCAACCAAUUUAAUUGUAGAUGCCAGACCAACAGCUAAUGCAAUGGCAAAUGGAGUUAUGGGAGCAGGAUCAGAAAAUAUUGAAAAUUAUAAAAAUUGUACUAAAUGUUAUAUGGGAAUAGAUAAUAUUCAUGUUAUGAGAGAUAGCUUGGGAAAAUUGGUUGAAGUAAUUCAAUCAGCCGAAGCAAGUGGAUCACCAAUUAAAAAACAACACCUAGAUAGAUCUAAUUGGCUUAAACAUAUAAGUUCAUUAUUGUAUGCAGCAGUUAAGAUUAUAAAAAAUGUUCAUGUAUAUAAUUCACACGUACUUGUACAUUGUUCAGAUGGAUGGGAUCGUACAGCACAAUUGACUUCGAUAUCAGAAUUAUCCUUAGAUCCAUAUUAUCGUACAUUUAUAGGAUUUCAAGUUUUAAUAGAAAAGGAGUGGGUUUCAUUUGGACACAAGUUUAGCGAUAGAUCGGGGCAUUUGAGUAAUGAGAAAUUUUUCAUUAACUCAGUAGCGAAUUCAGCGCUGAAUCGAUUUUAUUAUAAACAAACACAUCAAAGAGAGAUAUCUCCAGUCUUUCAUCAAUUCCUAGAUUGUGUCUAUCAACUUUAUAAACAAUUUCCAACAAGAUUUGAAUUUAAUGAAAAGUUUCUUAUAGAAUUACAUUGCCAUUGUUAUUCGUGUCAAUUUGGUACAUUUUUGUUUAAUUCAGAGAAAGAAAGAAAAGAUUAUAAUGUAGCCAAAAAAACUUAUAGUGUGUGGGAUUAUUUUAAUUCAGAUAGAGAACAAUUCAUAAAUCCUUUAUAUAAUAGAGAUUUUAGUGGAGAAAAUGGAGAGAAAGAAAGAUUUAAUGGAAUAGAUAUGGGAGUAUUAAUACCAGAUAUUAAGAAUGUUGUGUAUUGGGCUGGAUUAUUUAAUAAAAAAGAUGAAGAAUUAAAUGGAAAUCGUACAGCACAAUUGACUUCGAUAUCAGAAUUAUCCUUAGAUCCAUAUUAUCGUACAUUUAUAGGAUUUCAAGUUUUAAUAGAAAAGGAGUGGGUUUCAUUUGGACACAAGUUUAGCGAUAGAUCGGGGCAUUUGAGUAAUGAGAAAUUUUUCAUUAACUCAGUAGCGAAUUCAGCGCUGAAUCGAUUUUAUUAUAAACAAACACAUCAAAGAGAGAUAUCUCCAGUCUUUCAUCAAUUCCUAGAUUGUGUCUAUCAACUUUAUAAACAAUUUCCAACAAGAUUUGAAUUUAAUGAAAAGUUUCUUAUAGAAUUACAUUGCCAUUGUUAUUCGUGUCAAUUUGGUACAUUUUUGUUUAAUUCAGAGAAAGAAAGAAAAGAUUAUAAUGUAGCCAAAAAAACUUAUAGUGUGUGGGAUUAUUUUAAUUCAGAUAGAGAACAAUUCAUAAAUCCUUUAUAUAAUAGAGAUUUUAGUGGAGAAAAUGGAGAGAAAGAAAGAUUUAAUGGAAUAGAUAUGGGAGUAUUAAUACCAGAUAUUAAGAAUGUUGUGUAUUGGGCUGGAUUAUUUAAUAAAAAAGAUGAAGAAUUAAAUGGAAGUACUGAAUGUCAAGGUAAAGAUAAGGGAGAAGGCAAUGCAGUGAAAUAUAAUCGUCGAAUCAAUACAGAUGAAGUCGAGUUUCUUGACGACCGAUUAAAAGACAAUAGUUUCUUAGCAAAGAGAGGUGCGAUUGGUUCAUAUGGUGAAAAGGCUCAUAAAGAUCUUAUCAAAGUUCGCGGAAAAAAUUUUAGAGCACAAAAAACAAAAAAGAAAAAAGGAUCAUAUCGUGGUGGUAAAAUAGAUAAAGAAUCACAUUCCAUAAAAUUCAAUUUUGACGAUUAA